UUUCCUGUUUGCAUCCAAGACACUCUGUUCCUUCUUUGGCCCAGGCAUUGUUGAACUUGACCCAAUUCCGAAAAAGUUCCAGAUAUUGCUUGUUCAAAGAGGACUUGACCGGCACCAGGAAAGAUGAACGGUUACCAUCCAAAGUCGUGCCAACUGUCCAAAACCGUUUGAAAACUGACGUUGUACCGUGAGAAACUGUCAGUCACGUCUCGUAAACCGUUAAUGCCCAGCUCUCGCUACGCUCGGGCUCACGCUGUUCCUUGAAGUUUUCAGAAACGCUUAGUUAUAACGGACGCGAAAACCAAAACACCGAUUGGCCGCUUGAGAAUUCUUUAUUGUAACACCAACAUAUAAAAAAUAUUUCUACUAAGGUCUGUGAACAAAUAUUACAAUAAUACAAUAAUUAGUUAGUAGUUCACCCAAUAUAAACGGUUCCAACAUAAUGCUAACCCUGUAAUUCAGGUGGAAGAUAUCCUGUCACAAAAGGGAGAGUUUGCUAACUUAGCCUGCAUCAUAAAUGACAUGCAGCUACAAAUAAAUGAACUCAGGACGAAACUAAAUGAACUUGACCUGGUACCAGAAACAAUCCUCCAUCUUAAAAGAGAACUGGGAGAUCUCACUUUCCUAAAACUCUUUAAGCUCAGGACUAAACCAACCGAUGCUGAAUUGGAACAUGCUAAGGAGCUAGAAAACGUUAUGGACUAUUUGUCGAGCGAAGUUGUUAAGAGACUUGCUUCUAAACAGAACGCCAUAGUGUACAACAUACCUGACAAAGAGCCCAUAAAAUCGGUUCAGCACUCCUUGUUAAGAGCUGCCAACCUUCUAAGCACACCCUGUCAGUGUAUUAGACUAAAUAAAAAAGAGACAAACCGCACAUGUCCCAUACUUUUCAGGUUUAACAGCUGUAUUAUAGCCGAACAAUUCAGGAAAUCUGAGGAUAUUUUGGCUUCCACUACAAAAUUCAAAAAUAUUAAAAUAGUCCCGGACAAAACCCCCAACCAACGACAAGUAGCUAAGAACACCAUAGAUACAAACACGAUUAUACCACAAAUCGUGAAUAGCGUCAGCCUCGAAGUGUCAAAGAACACUAUAGCACAAAGUGACACUUGCACAGUAGUAGGUGAACAAACGACACAAGAAGGCAAAGGGAAACCCAAAAAGAGCAGCAACGCUGUAAUUGGUCUCGAAGUUCAUGAGAACACUCCUAGUAAAUCUACUGACCACACCCAUGAAGUAGAUGUAGAUGCUCCUACUACCGAUAACCUGCAAAUAUCGGCAGAUCACACUGCACCCAGGGCCAAACAAGAUAAUCCCACUGUAAAAGCCGUAAAGAAGUCCCCUAAAACCAAGGUUUCUCCUCAUGCGUCCAUAUACCUCCCUUGUGACAAGCCCAACAAGCAGCAUAUAAGCCUAAAAAAUAACUAUGCACGCAUAGCGGCAGGUCCCAUAAAGGAGACGGAAGACGUGAAUGGAAGAGCUCCUCAUCGAACUAAGAGUAGUAAACGAAUUGAGGACGACAGACUGCACAAGGUGAGAACUAACGGCAAAAAUGGCUCCACCCACACAAAAUCACACACCAGCAGAUAUGCAAGGGGCACCGAGAUGAUCAAACAGCAGAGUGAUACCCACGAUUUCCGCAAUAGCCGAGGUUUUAAAAUGCCUGUAGGCACAUAUAACCUGAGGACGGGACCCAUAAUCAAUAAUGAAAACACAUGGGCCACUAGACGGGACACCACUAGGUACCAUAUCAACGGAAAUUUAUACUCGAACCCUCGGCAUAACGGGUAUAGAUUGGCCCCUGGUCCUUCUAGGUACACUCACGAGAUGAGUCAGCUAAUGUACAACUACGUAAGACCUAGCACGCACUAUCCUCAAAAUAACCUAAAAACAGGUUACUAUGGCCCUGUAAAUUACAAUGUGAACAGUAAAACAGACUAUUUUAUGCAGAGAAAUGAUCCUAGAUACACACGUAAUGAGACCAGAAACGAUUAUAUACAACAGGAUUAUUUUCGGCUGCAGCAAACAAUAGCCCCCCUCGCAGCACAAUUUGUCCAGGGAAUAGUAAACACGCUGACAAUGUCUCAUAUGAGGAUCCCUCCGAACAUAACAUAGGCAACCAGGAGUUAGGGAUAGUAACAAGAAAACCUACUAACUAUCCCAACAACCCUGGUUUUCUGAAAAUUAUGCUCUUAAAUGCCCGAUCUCGCCUUAACAAAACAACUUCCCUUCGCAGCUUGGUAUACAUGGAGCCGCCAACACUGAUUCUGGUAACUGAAACUUGGCUUACUACUGAUAUACCUGACACAAAGCUGAUAAUUGAUAACUAUAGAUUCCAUUGACUUUUAGCAACCAAAACACAAAAAGGAGCAGAAGCACGAAUUCGACAUCAACUAUAUUCUUUGUUCCUGCAACAUAAAUAGAUACCGCAAAACAGCUGAUCGAAGAAUUUACAACCAAGCGCAGGAUGCCGGCUAGCUGAAAAGAGACUUUUCAAUAGCUGUUCGUCAAACUGUUCGUGAAGCUUACUCGGUAUAUCAAAUAAUCAUUGCAUGAACUGUAUAUUUAAGCAUCCUGUCGCAAAAACAACAUGUCGGUGCCUAAGAACAAUAUCAAGCAACAGUUUUCACAUAAUAACAUCCAGCAAGAUCAAAAUAGGCACCAAAAUCACGUAAACCGCAUCUGCCCGGACUACUAGCCCCUACUUAAAUCAACUAAACCGCACAAAUGACCUCAAGG